AUGAUCACCUCAACCAGACGAGUGUCUCCUGAUAAAUCUGAAGUUAGAAUUGCCUUCAGCCUUGAUGACACAUCAGGUAAAUACACACACCUACACACUAGCUGUACCUCGAUACACCUGCUUUCCUCUUCUAUCCCAAACAGAUCCUGCUACUUAUUUUCAGUUAAGCCGCAUGUAUUACUCAAUUGAUCAUUUGGCACCCGAGCUUUUGGCUCUACUCUCACUACAUUUCCAAUAUGUGUGGAACCCAUGCACAACAUUCUUCCCACCAAAACAGACCAGGCACAGUCCGCCCUGAGCUGCAUCCCCCCUCACACCCUAUCACUUUAACAGAGUUCAUUCUUCUGCGCUGUAGCUGAGACAGGUGCUCUCUCUAUUUCUGUAGGAGAGCAUAUUAAAAAACAACCAGACAUGCAUGUGCUCCGACUGCAAAUAGCACAUUUUUUUGUGGCUUUGAAUCUACUAGUAUCACUGGAUACAUUUAGUCUAAAGUUGAAGGUGUACACUUCUCUUUGUCACUGCCUUACACACAUGUACCUGUAGGUCUACCUACAGUUUGAGGUGCUGUCACUCAGGAUGUUUUACUGCAGUGGGGCCCGGCACUGGGACAGCAGCUGCAGCCAUGCAAUGGCAGAGUCAGGUUUCCCCUCUAAUACUAACAGUGUCCUGCUGCCUGAUUCACUGUUCAACUUUUAGAACACUGGCCUAUAUUUAUAAGCAGUUAACACUUCCAGUCCUGCUCCACCCAUCUCUGAUCCCCCCUUGUCUUUCUCUUAGGAAGUGAGAUGAAAGGCUGCAGUGGUAACCACACACUCAAAUCCCACUCAGAUUCAAACCGUGACAGUCUGCUCAUUGUUUGCACACAGCAGCUCACCUUUUACUGAAUCCAUAAAUGUUUGUUUCUAGUGGCCUAUUUGGCAUUACUAACCCAAACCAGGGUCAGGUUGAUUCCAUCCAUUUUGCUUUCGAUAGCUGCUGCACUUCAAGAUAAUUCCUGAGGACCAGAGUGACCGUAGACGUCUCCUUUACUUGGCAGCAGUAUAACCCGACUUUCUUUAGAUGUACUUGAAGCUCCAGAGCUGCUUGUACACACUCUAACCCUCACCUCCAAAAUCAGAUAUUCCCCUGACGACCAUGUUAUCGUCUCUUUGAACUCAUGUUUCUCAGCAGGGGGACUAAGACCUGCGCUCCGUCCGGGGGAUCAUCCUCUAGGCCCUUCAUGACUUCAUGCCACGCAUAGUUAUAACCCCAUGCUGUGUCAAUCCUGAGCAUGAGAACUGUAUUUAUUCCACAUCAUAAUUGGCCCCAUGGCUGCAGGCUAAUACUGCUGCUUUUAGACGGUUGCAUCAUCCCAGGAUUCUCCACAUGUGUUCCACAACUCCAGGGGGACAUUACUGGCGAGGCAGAGGCUGGUGCAGACAACCUGUCUGUUUUUGUCUGUCUGCCUGAAUCGCAGUCUGCUCAUACACCUGGUCUGUCUGUGUUUGUCUGUCUGCACACAUAGUUGUCCCUCUGUGUUCUGUGAGUCUUUCAGUCCGACAGCUCAUUACUUCUGGACAGUAAGAGGACAUGGCUCAUUCAUAAGUUUAGCACUGUGUUGCCAUGUUGUGGUGUCAUAUUAGAGGCCCCUAUAGUGUUUCAUUUUGAGCCUUUUUAUGAGGCGAAGAAAGAUAUCAAAGCAACUGCCCCUGGGACAAGUCACUUGGCUGACGAUGAAGGACACACAGCAAGCAAUAUAAAUAAAAAGUGUUUUUAUCAAAAACAUCAUUUAGAACUCACUCUGUCCUUCAAUGGUUUCAGGCAAAAAGGAUGAAUUGUUUGUCGUCUCCCUCUUUUUUAAAAACCAUUACCCAUGACUGCUGCACUUUCUUGUGUCGUCAAUAACAAAUGCCAGCUCUUGGCAAUGACUCAGACAUUUUUAAGACGGUCCCUGCAUGCACCGAUGAAAACAAUCUCUGAAAUAUAGGACAAAUUAAAGCCAAAUUUGACAAAGUGAUCAAUCCCACUUAACGUCUCAGUCGGUUCUAUCUUGAUACUAAAAUUUUAAAGGCUCAUGUAGGAUUUAGGGCUUCUGUUUGCAGAAAUGCAAUAAAAUUCCAAAUGUUACUACAAUAGCCCAGGGUAAACAAGCCGAACACAGGUCCUUUCUACUUUUAUUGUAUGGUUUAUUUAUUUUGGUAAGUUUUUAGUUUUUUAUUACUCUAUUUAAUACCUUUUCUUUCAUUUUUGUUCUUUGCUAUCUUGAAUUUUAACAUUUGUAAUCAUACAUCAUGAUGACAUGUCCACAGUCCCUCAGUUCAUAUUUUUUAACUCCUUUGUUAUUUUAUUAUUUUAAAUUAGUUUCUGUUCCUGCAAUGUACUCUGUGCGACAUUUCAUCAUAUAGAAAAUGUAGUCAAAAUAAAUUCCAGUUGAUUGAUUGGUUUAGGAGUUUAGCAGCUUCUGUAAGCUUUCCUCAUCCCUUUAGAGGUGAAAUGGUCAGGGGCAGGUUUAUGAGCUAGCUGCAGUCUGCCUUCUUACCACUAGAUGUCAGUAUACUCCUACUCCACUUUGUGUAAAUAUGUGAAAGUGAAAAAAAAUUAGUACUUUUCUGUAAGUGCUGUAGAGCCAUCCACCACUGGACAUGUGAGAGGGAAGUAUUAUAUUCAGGAGUAGAUUCAAAUAUUUUUAGGAAACGGCCUUAAUGAUGGGCCAGACUGUGUAGUUGUGAGAUGAAGAAUGGGUGUCCACACAAAUUAAUACAUCAAUUUUACUUUUUCUAUCUUCAAAAAUUCAAUCUACUUUACCUUAUAUCAUCAACAUAUCUAAAAGAUGUUAGUUUACUGUGUACAUUUUUUCUACUCCAAACACUAGAACAACAGAGUGGAAGGCACAUAGAAAGCAAAGGAAAUGACCAACAGUCUGAUGUAAUGUAAACAGUUUAGUCCUUUCAUCUUAAGCCCCACCCCGUAAGAGGAUAAAUUUUGGGGUGGCACUUCGGGUGGCCAAUCAAAGAAGAGCCCCAGACUACCCCCUGAUCAGUCCUCUGGAUCUGCCCCUGAUAAUAACUUGAAUGGAAUACAUAUAUGUGGCAAGAGAAACACAUAUUUGCUUUAAUGUUCUAAAAAGAAGAAGAUGGAUGUUUGUGGUUAAUGUAAAUACCUAACCCUCCAUCUUGUUUUUGCUAAUAUUUCAAAUUUACUUUCAUUAAAAUGAAAAGUCUAAAAUACAGUAUAAUGUAGGACUUUUUUUAAAAUUUUGGUAAAAUUCUAUUUUUACCAAAGCGUAGGAGCUGAAUGUUAACACACAAACAAUUUAAAUAGACAACAAUUAUCAUUAAGAUGAGUUCAGUUUGUGGCCAUGUGAAGCACCAAAAUAGAAAAAUUGUUUCUACAUCCACCCAAAUACAUAACACUGCAUUCUAUGUUAAAGGCUGUACUCCUCAUCAGUGUGUAGCUGCUUGUAUUAUAUAUGAGCUCAACAUUUAAUGUUGACAUAUCAAAUAUAUGUUUCUACAAUAAUCAUCUGUGACUGAAUUAUGCGUUCUGUUUUAACAGAUGUAAAAGAUGCGGAGGAUGUCCCUCAGACUUUCCCAGAUCUUGAGCAGCGAUUACAGGUAUGCCGUGCAUGCAGAAGCAUCACAUUACACAGAACACACACGUUGUAUUGUCGUCAGAGUCGUACAAGUGAAGACAGGCAGAGCCAAAAAGACGAGGCAUCCAAAAUGCAUCUUGCAUUUCGUGCCUGUUUUUGUUUCGCAACCUAGAUCAGGCUUUGAAUACUUGAAUUAUCAGUAGUAUAUUUGGGGGAAUUAAAGAACAUUUUCUCUUUUCAAUGUUUCAUCUCACAGACUGAUAUUUUAAAAGCGGUUAAAUUUAUCUCCAAAGGUCUUCUCUAUUUUUGACCCUGAAUUUCUGCAUUACAGCGAGCUGUGGUUUGGGUUAUCAACCUUUUAAAUCAAUGUUUUCACUGUGUGAGCUCACUCUGCUUUUAGUGUUGUCAUUGAAUUAUCCUUCAACGAGUGCCAAGGCCAGGGUCAGAAAAAGUGCAUGUUGGUUUAGAGUGUCAAAUGAGAACAGUAGUAGCAUGCCAUUGAAUGAUCGCAUCCACCCACUGAAGCGCAGGCUAACAGAGGCGGCAAGGCUUCUGUUUUGUUGUUUUGGUCUUUAUUUGUAAUUUAUAAAAAUCAUCCUAACUGAUCUGGAAGCGGGGACAUAACAAAUACUUGAUUUCUCCGUCACUGCAAGGCUGAGCUCUGUGCUAAAAAAUAUCAUUUCAAGUUCACUUGAGAUGGGUCAAAUGAGGUCUCAUGCUUUCUUCAUCACAGAAUUCACAUAUUUCACCUGAAGUAAAUCACAUUGUGACUGCAGAAAGAUUAAAGGGUAACCAAGUCAUAAUGGAUGACUUCCACAGCAAUUUUUCAGUACCGAGGGAAAAAAUAAGUUGACAAAUUUCAGAAGUGCUCUUCAGAAUAACAGAUCAAGCUUCAUAUAUUGCUACGUGUGUGAUGUUGUAUCAAUCUUUAACAAAUAGUGUUUGUUUGUUUGUUUGUGUGCUUUUACAGCCUGUGCCCCCCUGUAGGUCUCUGAGAGAGAGUGUUCAGGUGUACAAGGAGCACUGUAGGAUGGCCAGGGAGUUCCACCAGGUCAAACACGACAUCGCUGUGCUUGAGGACCGCAAGUGAGUCUCUGCAAUGCUUUUUUCUUAAGAGCAAAGCAAAAUAGGAGAUCUUGAGACAGAGUGUCCCUCUGUAAAACAGUUUGUGUAUAUCACGUUCUUUCAUAUUUGCCAUUAUUGUGGUUGCAACUCAGUGUCUGCUACUGCUCGGUGCCUGUGACAGCAGCAUAGAUAGUCGGAGUAAAAACACUUGAUAGCUGCUGAUGAAGGUACCUUAACCAGAGGAUCUUAGCAUUGCAUAAAGUUUUUAUAUUUUACAUUAUUUACGACGACAGCGUGCUUCUACAUUGUGAAGAAAUAAACUCGACACAUCUUCACACACUGUUUUCAUUCACUGGAGUCGACCAUAAUGAUUUCAUGCAGCUUCUUGAUUAGCUUGCUGGCUUGUAGAAAGAGUUAAAAAGCAUCGCCUGAUGACGUACAACAAACAGGUUGCUCAGACGUGUACACAGUUAUCUUCUUGAUCUACUUCGAAAGAUCAUCUUAGUUCCCUGUGUGUGCAACCUGUGGAUGGAUGUUUCCACUCGUAUAAAUGUAGUACUCUUCAUGAAGUCAAAGCUAGUGUUGUUUAACGGGAAUACAAAUAAAGUUUUUCAUGACUGAUAGAGCAACUGAGAACGCCAAAGAACAUGCAGAUGCUUCACUGAGAUGAUACCACACUUAUGGCGGCUUUUUAACUUCCAAUAGUUUGUCGAAUUUUGUCCAUAGUUCAGAUUUUGCACUUAUUUCCCAACAAGUGUAACCGUUCAGGACAUAAGAGCAAACUAAAUCUAGUCUCUGAGGACUUUCGUAAAAGCAUGGAUGACUCUCAUCAGCGCUAUGAUCAUUGUUGUUUGGACGAGCCUCGCUGUACGCUUGAAUUACUGUAUGUACUCUUGGUGAGUGUAAUUCAUACACACACAAACAGUGCCCACUGUCCCCUGUGCCCUUUGCAGCUGUGGGUAGUCUUAGCAGAAGGAUUUUCAAGGCCCUUGCUCUUACCCUCCAUCACCACCACAUCUACGCAGACACACAAAGAUUCCCGCUCACAGAUAUGUACACACACACAAACACACAGACACACACAGGCAGUUCUUAAAUAGAAAACAGUAGGUACUGCUGGGAUGAGUAUAGUCUUGAGUUUAUAUAAGAACAGGAUGAGUCAAGCUGGAAGGAACUCUUGUUUCUCUUUUUCAUGCGGUGGCUUAUGUCGACAUCUACCGUCAAGUUUACACACAUAGUCUGAAUUACAGCAUAAUGCAAACAACUAUAGGCAGAAAUGAAGGGGUGCAACCAAUGGGUGAAUGGUUUCAUAUUUUCUAACACUGGUUAUUCAAUAAAGCCAGAGCUGCACAUGACAAUAAAUGUUAUGUCACCUCACAUCUGGGGAAUAUUAGAGGAAGACAGAGGACUUUCAGACAUUCAUUGUAUUGUUGAAACAAUGACAACAGGAACAACACUUUUACACAUUAUGCAGGGGGUUUUCCAAAGUCACUCACUCUUCCUUUGGUCAGUUUCAAACAAGCACAAACUAGCAUUAAUGUAUACUAAGAAUGACUGUCUGGUUUGUCACUUCAUCAGGAUAUAAUACCAAUGAAUUCAGUUUUUUAACAUUCAUCAUCAGCUGAAACAGUGAUUCUCUUCUGCAGAAAGACUGACUCAGACUUCAAAACUAGGUCUGAAUUUGACAAAGACGGCCCCAUUGUGAGAAAGACGUUAUUUUUCAUGUUAAAAGUUUGAAGCUUAUUUUGGUGCACUGGGUUUUGUAAUUGAGUUGGUAUAUCUUUCAAAGGGGCAGCACAUACAUUUUUUAUAAAAAGUUUGCCUUUGUGUGUAGAAAUGUUGCAGACUAUCUAUUAAAUCAAGAAAAAAAAGUUGAAGUUAACAUCAGAAUUAGUCUUCCAGUUUCUCAAUGAAUUCUCUCAGACGAAAGGAAAUCUUUCCCCUUUUUCAGACUCUGAUGUGACACACAAUGUCACAUGCAGGCAGACAUGUGAUGUUUGGUGUUUACUCUUGUGUCAAAAACACAUUCAUGUGGGACUGCUCAUGUGUAUGAUCAAAAAUAAAAAAAAACAUAAUACUCAAACCACAAUUCCCACCCAACUUUUGGGUUCAUGAAGUGUUGUUGUUUUUUAAAUGAGCUUUUUAAAAUUAGUCAUCUGCAUUUGUUUUGUAAUUGUUUAAAUUAAGGAUAUCAUGUCAUCCUUAAAUAUACAAAAUUGAUCAAAACCUUAUUCUUCUUACAUUCGGCCACUUAAGCCACAGACUCUAGACCUCUUUCCUCCUCUUCUUUGUUCUGCUGCUGUUGUAUGACAGGGCACUUCCUGAGUGUAACACAACACCUGUAAUCACAUACUCUGAAGCAUGAGGCCAUGGUGCACACAUUAUAGACAGAAGUGCCUUAUACUGUCUCACAGAGUCUGAAUUUUCUCUUCCCUGUAAAAUUACUGUUGGCCAGGUCAAUUCAAUUCAUGCUUCCUUUACCAUGACUCCAGUUCCCAGUUACUACCAAUAAGAUGAGGAGUUAUGCCUCCAUGUGUGGCCCCUCCUUUACCGACUGAGUCAAAUCAUCACCCCAUAACAGUUUGUUUUUUUAGCUUCAGAGUUAUAUUUAAUCCAGACGUAGCUCAUCUCAUAAUGCUGUAUCAUAUUAGCACUUCUUGAUCUGAGUGCAGCAUUUGACGCAAUUCACCAUGACUGUCUAAAAAAAAAGGUCCCGAGAACUGAGUUGGUCUUCAGGGCCCGCCUUCAAGUAGUGAUAAUUGUGCAAUUGUUUUUACAUCAGAACGACUCUCUGUGACCUUCUAUUAUUUGAAAUUUAACAGAAGGGGUUUUUGGGAUAAAUCCCUUGAGAUGUCCCAUCUGGUUUUCGAGGGGGUCCCACACAAAACACGAAUACAGUCCACAAGACAAAUAGAAAUAUCACAUGUACAACACUAACAAAACAAUAACAUCACGUAACAAGGACAACAAAUAACAGCCUUCAUCUCCACAAAGAAACUCAAGAGAAGAAAAGAAAUCAACGACACAUAUUUACAUUACAAAAUGGGUAGUGACAUAGUGUAUCACAUUAUUGAAAACAUUGAUAGUCAGGUUUUAAAUGUGUAAACAAGUUAUUUUUAAAUAUACAAAUAUGAUCAGAAGGAGCCAAAAAUCUGAAGGCUUUUUUUACCUACUUCCUUGGAGACAAAAGGAACACUAAAGAGGAACUGUUAUGAACUUCUUAAAGUAUAAUUUGAUGAAAAGGGAACAAAAAAUUGUUUCAAACAAAAUGGGAAGUCAAAAUGAAUGCAUUUGAAAAUAAACUGGAACCAAUUAAAUUGCUGUCUUUUCUCUAAAGAAAGCCACCCAAGUGUGCCACACAUUAUACAAUGUUGUGUAAAAUAACCCACCUAAAAUAAAUCUACAUAAUUUAUUGAGCGGCUAUAGAUCAGUAGUGGAUGCAUUCUGGUAAACAAUGUACGCAUAGUCUAUUGUUGGAAGAAUAAGUUAUGAUAUAAGUAUUAUGAAAUGUGGUGUUCCUCAAGGCUCAACUUUAGGCCCUUUAUUUCUUCUGUUAAACAUACUGUAGUCUGCCUUGGGUCUCUUCUAAAAAGAUAUAACCCCUUGUUCUGCUACUUUGCUGAUGACACAUAAUUUUAUCUUCUGGUUUUACCCAGCAGUUCCCACCAGCUGAUUUUUUCCCCAUCAAAUGUUGGAUAAUUCAAGAACUAUUUCAAGAAUCAAAAUAAAAUUUGAUUAACUACCUUUGGCCAUCCUAGCUCUGUCAUCACCUUGAGAAAUACACGUGGACCUGUGUUUCAUAUUUGAACAAAAGGUCAAAAGUUUGGCAUAAAUUAAUGAGCAAUUUUCAUUAGCUGUUUACCUCAGCCUGUUAAAAGACAAUUCAAUAGUUAUGAAGGUCUAGAGAAAUGGCCUGUCUGCCUUUCUCAAGUUGAUGAUUAUAUUUACUCUGAUUUUCACUAAUACUUUGGGACACAGAUGCCAUACUAGCAAGAAGGCGACACAUUAGCUCUUUGUUAGAUGAGCUACCAGAAUUGUUUUAAAAUUGUAAUUGUAAAUCUAUGAAAAUAUAGCUACACAACACAUUACCAAUCUACUCAUUCAUACUCUGCCCAUAGGUAUUUUUCAGAAGACACUCCCUCAGUCACACCAAAAACCCCAAGGGCAACUGGUCUCUUAUUCUGUUGCUGUUUCCAGGCUCUAGUACUGCCAAAUUACAAUUUAAUGACCCACCUGUUUUCUCUCACUUUCAAAAAGUCUUUUUGCUUCGUACCCUAUUGUUUCUCUGUAUUUCUUCCCUAUGUAAUCCAUUGACUGUAUAUAGAACAGACAGCAUCUACCUCCUCGCUGGGUGAAGCCACUCUGAGAACAGCACCCUCUGUUGGUGGGCUGCAGUACAGGUCAUAAAUCCCGCCUCCGCCAGCAAAGCUUUUGGAGCUGUGGACAAAAUUUAGAAAUUUUAAUACACAGAAUAUAUAUUUCUCUCCCCUGCUUGUGAUGUUGACAUGUAGUUACUGUCAGACUGGUUUGUGCUCAGGUCCUCUUUUUUCUGUGUAGCUCUGUUUUUUAAAGUUAUUAGGGGGUUCAUGUUUUCUAUGUUUGACACUUGAUACAGCCUAUGGGUGUAGGAAGAUUCCGUAGCUCACCUGGGAGAUACGCUGUUUGAGCCGAGCGUCAUCACAACUACUGCAUGUUACAUGUUAUUUCUCUUUAUCACUCUGGCUGUAUUUGCCUUUUUAGUGUACUACUCCUUUAACCAGAGGCCAAUUACAUACUGCCUACAGAGGCUGUAGAGCACUCUGGUUUAACUCUUAUUGUGUUUCAGUGUACUAUUGAAGUAAAGUGAUUAGACCUUAACCUAAGAACCAAUUUGCUCUGUGUGUGCACAGAUCUGCUGAGAAAGUUUUUUUUCCAUCGUUAUUUGGCUUCCUUGGUUUUUCUCCUCAAUCUUGGACAGCUGGAGAUUCAUAAUUUGUCACAUUUAUGAAUGUGUGUGACCAAUAUUAAGCUAAAAACCUGUUCGGGGUGUUUCUGGCCACCAUCUGUUGACGCUAAAAUAUUUCUUUCACUUGUCUUGCCAGGCGAAAGUUGCUAGCAGAGCUGGUAGAGGAUGAGAAAGUUGCCGCUGAGAUUGCCCGUCUCGAGGAAGAGUUUCGGCGUCUAACGGAGGAAAACCGCACCUUGGUAAAUGUCCACAACGAGCGCACUCAGCAGCUGGAAACGCUCUGCUUGACCAGUCGAAUGACGCAGGACUCCUCGUGA